UUGUCCCUUCCUACUUGCUACACUCCCUCACUCAAUCUAUACAUACACAAAUCUGUAUCUAUAAUCACACACCUACAAACCUAUAUGCAUUGUUCAAAUCUGCAGCCAAAAUCACACAAUCUCUGUAGAGAUUUUCCACAAUGGAGGUUGAAAUGGAGGAUGAUAACAGUAGUAACAAUACGGCCGUAGAGUUUACGUUUACAGCCGUUGAAUUCGACGUCGAUUACGAGUUUGACGCGCCUCGGUUCUUCGAUUUUGCUCGAGAGGAGUCGGUUCAUGAAGCGAGUGAUGCGGAAUUGUGGUUUGAUUCGGCUCAAAGUUAUCCGCCUUCACCGUUUGCGGUCAGAUUACUUUCGAGAGAACAAAGUGGAAAUGCCAGCGGUGCUACAUCGUCAAAAGGUCCUGAUAAUGCACCCGGAGAGUCCUCAAUGGCUUUGAGCAACACAGAUGGUGAUGUGGCAAAUGAGGGAGUUUCUUUGGACUUGAAGAAUUACUGUCUACAAACACUGCAAAACCAACAGUCUAUCGGUGCUGCACUUAAAGAAAGCAUAAUAAAUGCUAACUGUAAAUCUAAAACAAAGUCAAGUUGGAAACCGUCUGUUUCAAGGACCUCAACUUUGAUGAAACCUACAGCAAGUCAACUAGCUAAACAAAACCAGGAGCGUUUAAUGGAUAAUUUCAGGUUUCAAAAAUCGGGGAACAAUUCUUCGGUUGUUGAAAGUCAAGCUGCUAAAAGACAAAAGCUCGAGGGAGGCCACUUGUGUAAGGUCACAGACACAAAUCAACAAGCUCAUUUUGUCCACAAGGCACCGAAAAGGGAAGGCAAUGUAGACGGUAAUUUAGGUCAUGGUAGGCUACGAAUCACUGUUCCUAGACCUCCUGAUCUUGCAACAGCUCAAAGGGCACAAAGAAUAAGGCAAAAAGAUAAUGGUGGAAAUGAGCAUGUAGCAACAAGAGCCCACGGGUUUCGAGCUCGUCCACUCAACAGAAAAAUUUUUGAGGCACCUUCAUUUUUACACCAAAAAAGAAGCGUUCCCCAGUUACCAGAGUUUCAAGAGUUUCACUUGAAAACAACCAAGAGGGCUGUACAAAACACUGCUGCAGGACCAUCAAGUUCAGCAUGUUGCAACAUCAACUCAAAGACACCGCAGAAGCCUACUUUUGCCUUCGGCGUAGAAAGUAGCAGUAGAGGAUCAAAAGGACCACAUGUAACUGGUGCUCCAAAACAAGAGGAUUGUGAAACAAUUCACAGAUUCAAAGCUCUACCCCUUAACAAGAAGAUAUUUUCAAGUAAAGGAGAUUUAGGAGUUUUCAGAAGUAACAAGAGGGAGACUACCGUAGCUAUGGUGUUUAAUUUUCAAACCGAAAAACGAGCUCAUCAUGCUCCACCAGUUGAUCUCUUUAACAAGCUCUCAUUGGCAUCAGAAUCCGGUUGUCAAUCACACAAGCCUAGGUUGUCUAGGGCUCCCUCUAUUUUUUCAAAGGGUUCAAAAGAAAACAGAGUACAAAAUUUGGAUCAAAACAGAUUCAUUUCGACAGCAGAAAGGUGACCACUGAAGGCAUUCCAUCAUCAAUCAUUAGCAGAGAUUUGGGAAUCUGUUAUAAUGAUCAAAACGUCGAAUCCAUUAAUGGAAGAUUAAACCAUGAAAGCGAAUAUGAUGGCAUCUAUUUUCGGCGCAGCUGGAUCUACCAAAUCUUGUCAUCUACACCAUACGACCUUAAACUUGUUAAUAAAAUGCCCACAAAAAGCAAAAUUGUACAGCUCCCCAAUGGUUUGAUUCUACUUUCUUUAACGAUGAUCAAGAACAUUUGUCUUACAAAGAAGAAACUAACUUUGCAUUUAACCAUAUGCAUAUGUUGCAAUAUAUCAUUACUAGUUUUAAAAACUCUACUAUUGCAUUGAAA